ACCGGCCAUACACAGAGUAGAUAGAUUCGCAGAACCUUGCCAGGUGGCGCCGAGCCCACCUGGACGCCCCAUAAACCGUUGACAUCACCACUAAUUUACUCAUCACACACACAAGAUUUAAUCACCAGCUAGCGUCUGGCGAUGCAAGAGUCCACUCCACUCCAGUAUCAGCAGCUAGCACACCAUUCUUCCUGAUGCCAGCCAUGGCCAAUCCUGCAGUGAUGUUCAUAGCAGUGAUCCUUGCCAUCGUCUCUACCGCAGCUGCCAGCAACGCCACGGCGAGCCCGGCCAAGAACACGACGGCGCCGCUGCCGCCGUUCGCCACCAACCACGCCGUCGGCGACGGCGCCGGGUGGUUCUUCGACUGGAAGGCGAACGCCUCCGCCGCCAACUACUCCGCCUGGGCCGCCAACCGCACCUUCUACCUCGGCGACUACCUCAGUUUCAAGACGGACACGAGCAACACGGUGGUGCACACGACCAACGCCACGGCGUACAAGCUCUGCAGCGCCGGCGUCGCGGCGAACGGCAGCAGCGGGUGGAAGGCGGAGGAGGCGUUCCUGGCCGUGAUGCUGACGGCGGAGGGCGCCAACUACUUCUUCUCGGACGCCGGGGACGGGGAGCACUGCCGGAAGGGGGUGCGGUUCGAGGUCGCCGUCGCGCAUGGCCGCGGCCUCCCGUCGGUGCCAGCGUCGUACUACGAGCCGCUCUCCGGCGCACCGGCUGGGAUGCCGGACGGCUGGGCUGCGGCGGCCAUGUGGGGUGCCUUGGCUGUUGCAGUAUUAGUGCUGUGAUGUCCUAGUUGAUCCUGGUACAAUUUUACUUCGAAAUCUUUAGUUUGAAAUCCUUUUUUGAAUCAAAGUUUUGUACGAGGAGAUGACUAAUAUGUUCAUUAUACAAACAUUAUAAUUUUGUAACUUUUGCUAAUA